CAAUUCAAAUUCAAAAAAAAAAAAAAAAAAAAGGGUAAAAAUAAAUAAACAAAUAAAAAAUAAAAAACCCCCCGACCCAUCUAUAGCAACCGUUCCGGUUUGUAAACACGUCUCUCAAGUCCCCACACGUGUGAAGUAAUCGAAAUUCUCAACGGCUAGUAAUUAUAUAAAACGGCUAAUUUUUUGUUCCCCACUCUUCAGGACCAUCAUCGCUUUUUCGUUCUCGCCUUUUCACUUCACACUUCUCUCUGUAUUUGUUCUAACCACAAUAAUAAUCAAUCCCAUGCAAGAUCCAAAGAAGAAUAUCUAGCCCAAGAACGAGAAGACAAAAACCCAUCAAAAGAAAACUUGUUUUUUCUUGGCGAUUUUCUAGGACGAGAAACUGAGACCGAAAUUUUUCUCGGGAAAAUUCAGUUGAGAUUGAGGAACCCCAUGUGGACGAACAGCGGCAAGAACAAUUUUCCCUGCAAGGGAUUUUCAACCCCACCGCCGUCGUGGAAAUCCAGGCCGUUCCGGUCAAUCAAAACGUCGCCAUUCUCAGAGAGGAAAAGAUCGUCUCCUAAUUCUGCAAAUAAGUCUGAUCUUUUUCAUGUCAUUCAUAAAGUUCCCGCCGGGGACUCUCCCUAUGUUAAGGCUAAACAAGUUCAGUUGAUAGACAAAGAUCCUAGUAGGGCUGUUUCUCUGUUUUGGGCAGCGAUAAAUGCCGGUGAUCGAGUGGAUAGUGCACUGAAAGACAUGGCUGUAGUGAUGAAGCAGCUGGACCGCUCCGAUGAGGCAAUUGAGGCGAUCAGAUCGUUUCGCCAUCUCUGCCCUUAUGAUUCUCAGGAAUCCAUUGACAAUGUCUUGAUUGAAUUAUACAAGAGAUCUGGAAGAAUAGAAGAAGAGAUUGAUAUGCUUCAAUGCAAGCUGAAACAGAUCGAAGAAGGCACGGUUUUUGGAGGGAAGAGGACGAAGGCUGCAAGAUCCCAGGGGAAGAAGGUGCAAAUUACCAUUGAACAAGAGAAAUCAAGAGUUCUUGGCAACUUGGCCUGGGCUUUCUUGCAGCUGGACAAUGUCUAUGUCGCUGAAGAUUAUUACCGGAAAGCUUUGUCUCUCGAGUCAGAUAACAACAAAAAAUGCAAUCUUGCUAUCUGUCUGAUCCUUACGAAUCGGCUCCUGGAAGCAAAGUCUCUGCUUCAGUCUGUAAGAGCUUCUUCUGGAGGUAAGCCCAUGGAAGAAUCAUAUGCCAAAUCAUUUGAACGUGCGUCUCACAUGCUGGCCGAAAAAGAAUCAAAUUCAUUCAAUUCAACAGGACACGAAGAAGAUAACUGCACUGUGACUGCAAUAACCUCAAAGAACACGACUGCUAGAGCUGGGCCUUGUGUUCCUCAGAUGACUACAUCCACAAGGUGGACUCAUGAUGAUGAACAGAUGUACAUCAAUGAAAAUAGUCGGGACGACAAUCAUCACUGGGAUUGCUAUGAGAACAAGUCAAAUGGAGCUGUGAAUUCUUCACAUAAUUAUCUGCAUUGUGAUAAAUGGAGUGAAGGUUGUUUCAUUGAAAAUCUAGGAAAAACUGACUCCUGCAUUCUUCCCAUCAAAAAGAAGGGAAACCGAAACAACCAGGAUGGUUUAUUGAGAUUAGUAGAUGAGAGUUUCAACUGCUGCUCACUGUAUUCAUCUCCGAUUCCAGCGAAAAGAAAUGUCGAAGUUCCAUUCACUCAACCGAAAAACUCCUUUUGGGAAUUCAAUAAUCGAUGGCGGUCGAAGGAAAGGAGGCAGCAGCGAAAAAGAUCUAGGAAAGUUUUGUUUGAGAAUCCUUCAAUGAAGGAUCAAAGUUUUGACAAUGGCUUUGUUGUAGAUGCUUCUUCUGAAUCUGAAGGAACCGCCGGACCGACUUCGAAUUACAAGACAAAGUACAGGUCUGCAGCUCCUGAUCCAGCUGAACUGGAAGUUCCAUUUACACAGCCAAGGAGUUGUUCAUGGGGUAUGAAUGGAGGAGAACAUUCGAGAAAGGCGACCGAAUGCUUCCGAAGUUUGAUCAGCAGCAGUUCUAGUAGAAAACUUUCAUUUGAGCCGCCCACAAACACUGAAAAUAUUCAAGAUUCAAACUUUGGAAGAUCUGAACUUUCCAGAGCAGUGAGUGAUGAACCUCAAGAUCUUGCUGCAGACUGGAAAAAGACUUCUUGUGGAGAUAUCAAGUAUGGAGAAGGCGCAGUGCUGUACGGCUCGAUCAAGAUAAAGGAAGAACACGUAACUGUUGAUCAAAAGUUCAAAGAUAAUUCAUCAACAGUUGGUGGGAAGAAAAGUUGGGCAGAUAUGGUUGAAGAAGAGGAAGAAGACAGUGACGUCGAGAAAGAAGAAGAUACAGAAGAAAUGUCGUCGUCAAGCGGAAGAGGUCAAGUCAAUUGCUUUGACGACAAUUGGAGCAGCAGCAGUGACAAUGGAGAGUUCAAGUUCAAUGAUGAAAAUCUAAAUUCCAACAUACUCCACCAGAAAAAUCAGAGUCCAAGCAGCAAUAAUCAAGUGGAAGAUAUCAUAACAUUUGAUUCACUUGAGAUCAAAGAUGGAGCUAAAGACUCAGGUGACGUUGUUUUGUUGAGAAAUCCGGCAGUACGGCGACCCUUGUAUUUCGACCAACAGCCUAUGCUAGAGUCGACCAAUAACCGCUGCACCUCGCCACUGCCAAGGAAAGAUUUGACAACUGAGGUUUGUUGUAAUUCUGGGCAGGAAAACAACUUGAUGAGGAGAAACAGAUUGCAAGUAUUCCAUGAGAUAACAGUGCAUCAAGAGCUAGAAUGUUAAGAAAAACUCUCUCAAAGUUUGCACUUCUUUAUUCUCUCUCAUUUUGGCUUGUUUUGUUUUUGGGUUGAUACAGUAGUUCCUUUUUGUGUAUCUUCUUCCACAUCAUAUACUGAUAUUGUAAAGAAGUUUGUAAAGGAUGCUUGCUAUACUAUACUAAUACAAUACUCAUU